AGUGCAAUUGACGAUCUUCAAGGACGCGCGGGAGAGCUGAAGGGCGGGAAAGGAUUUCGCGGAUUCCUGAAAGAAGCCGUCUACGGGUCUCGCAACCAAGCUAUCCUUUCGAGCAUGAAGGAAGAUAUAGCGAGAGCAAUGUCCCUUUUUAUGGUCUACAGGAAAAUCAGCGUCAGCUACAGGAAGCUGGUAAGCCUAUUCGCGUUUUUUAGGCACAAUUCGAUGCAGACACUGACCACCGCUCUUGAAGAGGAUCGAAAGAUUGUCGACUCUAUUCCUUGGGCGGACGCAGGCUAUCGGUCAGUGAAUGAGCUCAAGAGCGGAUACAUGCAAGGCACCCGGAAGGAGCUGUUCGCAGAGCUAGAGCAGUGGUCAAUUGGUCGAUUCCCUGAGGACGAGCCCAAACGAGUUUGUUACCUCACUGGCGGGGCAGGCCUAGGAAAGUCGUCGAUUUCCCACCAACUCUGUGUCCGCCAAGACGUAGCGGAUCAUCUUUCGCUCAGACUUGGCGCUUCAUUCUUCUUUGUCCGUGGUGGCGGAGACCUCGAGGACGUUCGCCUCGUCUUUUCGACCCUUGCACGUCAGCUCGCGGUGUCUCAGUCGACCCUUCGCCCUCACAUCAUCAGCGCCGCGCGGGAAUACCUCGAUCAUGGCGGUCGGCAGCAGAUGCAGCACACGUUCGAUGGGCUCCUUCGGAAGGCCCUGACUGCUGCCCCCGCGGACCAAGCACCGACACUGAUCGUCAUCGACGGGAUAGACGAGUGCAAGGACAGGAAAUUGGUUCCUGAAAUGCUUCGAUCCUUGUUCAAUCUUGUCCGCGAGUUCUCCUGGCUAUACAUCUUCGUUGCGUCACGACUAGAACCUCAUAUCCAAUCGGUGCUUAUAGACCGCAACGAGGCCGGUGAUAUUCACUGUAUGCAGCUAGAAGAUACGGCGAACAGCAAAGGAGAUGUCGGGCAUUAUCUCAGGGAGACAGUGCCAAAGAUACCCUCCUAUGCCGCCUUCCUCGACAAGCACCCCGAUGCCCUAGAACGCCUCGUUGGCCGUGCCGCUGGCGUGUUCAUCUUCGCUCGCAUCACCGUGAACUUCUUGGACCAACACCAAAAUCGUCCGGAGGAAUGGAUCGAACUUGUUCUCUCCAGCGGAGUUCCGGUAACGUCACCCCUCGACGCGCUGUAUCUGCAGAUCCUGCGGUCCGCAUUUCCUCCGGAAGACUUGCACGCUUCACCUGCAGAACGCGAACGUCUCCUUUCGCUCUUGCGUUUCGUGGUGCUGGAAGAUGACUGGACAAACCCUGAGACCGUUGCGUUUUACGAACGUGAUCUGUCAGCCGACGACGUCUUCUACAUGGUGGACCGCCUGCGCUCCGUUUUGAUGAUUGACGAGCGCGGGCGUAUGGUGCCCCUCCACGCCUCGUUCGGCGAGUUCCUUCUUGAUGAGCGUCGCUGCAAUGAUGCGCUCUACCACGUGGACAGUGCUGAAGGGCAUGCUCACCUUGCAUGCGCUUGUCUAGCAGCCAUGUCCUUUCAGAAUCGCACAUAUCAUCUGCAGGAACCGGACUUGCCGCCCCAGCUCGAACGUGUCAACUUUAAUAUAAUGGUAACUGGCUGGUGGGAGCAUGUUUGGCGCGCCAAAUGUAUCGCGGAGCUGGAGGAGCAGCUAUCUCAGUUCGUGCAAGAUAUCAGACUGCCCAUGCAUAUGUGGAUUAUCAGGGAGUUUGAUUCUGAAAGCUCUUACAAUAAUGCCUUCUCUAUGCGGUGGAUGUGGGGUCAUCUGGAGCCUUCUGGAGCAAGAACUGUGAUAUGCUCCGAGUUCCUCAAGUUUGGUAUUUAUAGCAAACUAUGGCAACAUGGCAUCCUCACAUCUCCAAGUCGCGCCCCACCACAAAUUACCUCGGACGAUAUAUCUCGAGCACCGCUUGGUACGGUAUCAGGCCAUCAUGGCAGAUCUGAUGAAACAGAUAAACCGAGAUGAAGCGACCUGGAUGCUGUGGGACAUACAUUACUCGUCGCGCCGGGAGCAAGCUUGUUUAGCAGGUCAGGACCCCGACGGCUCCGAACCCAGUACACCUCUCGAUAGCCCGACUGCCACCACCUUAUCGUCUUCAUCCAUGGUCUCCGCCGCACCAGAGAUACUUCUCACACUUGACCCAGAGGGCAACACCGUCCUUCCUACCGAUAAUGGCGGCACGGCGCCCGAUGCGGCCAAUAAUAUCCCGUCGCCGGCCCUCGAUUCUCCCAGCGGUGGAUUUGUUCGUCACCCUGCGACCUUACAUAUAGCGGCCUCUGGUAUCCAUACCAGCCCAGCACCCGCUCCUGCAGAUGGCCAAGUGUUCUCCACAUUCCUACUACCCACUCCGAGCUCUGCCAACG